AUGAGCACAGCCAGUCACCCGCCUGGCAGUUCUGGCUCGCCCGAUUUCCGAGCUUCCGUCGGUACCAGUAGCACUGCAAUCGACACAGGUGCUUCGCGAUUGAGGACCCCGCGGUCUCUCCCUCCAUGGAUCGAUUCCUACGAGACACGAUACGGCCAGGCCACAGAAGACCAGCUGCGAUUGCUCUCACCCCCGGCGCCGGCCGUUCCUCCUCAGCACAAUCAUGCGCCCGCCGAACCCGAUCGUCGAGUAUCCCGAGAUGGCUACGUUGACCUCGCCGGCGACCCGUUCCUAGAGAACUCCCGCACGCGCCCGAAAAUCAAACUCACAGACGUCUUCAGAGGCAAAGGAGCACAGCACGGAAGAAAAUGGGACCACUUGCGGACCGCAGAUCCCGUCAUCGUCUCGAAGCACCGAGCAGCGACACAAGGCCCGCCCGCCGCAUGGCGAGACUUCCUCCAAUCCUCGACAUAUGGGCACAUGGAGGGCGAGGAGUCGGAAGUUGUGGACGUAUCAGUGCUGGAUAAGUUGCAGCCUGACUUCAACAAGCGCUAUGACGAAACGAUGCAUCGAGACGUGGAGAGUAAGACCUCAAGGAGGAAACAGUCCAAGACCAUCUGGAAGAGGCUGUGGUCCAUGGUAUUACGACACUACCUGAUCCCUCUCACCUUCCGACUCACGGUCAUGGUUACAUCGAUUAUUGCUCUUGCGAUUGCAGCUCGUAUUUAUAAGGUAGAGAAUGCCAAGAGCGGAUCGAGUCCUGAACGCGCACAAAGCAUUGUGGCCAUUGCAGUCGAUACGGUCGCACUGCCUUACAUCGGCUACAUGCUCUGGGACGAGUACACAGGCAAGCCUCUGGGUCUUCGCCCGGCUGUGCAGAAGAUCUCCCUAAUUCUGCUGGACCUCUUCUUCAUCAUAUUCAAAUCCGCCAGUACGUCCCUGGCGUUUGAAUCUCUGGUUUUCCAUAAUGUGGACGCAGGCCCAGCGAGGCACCUGUCAAAGGCACUGGCAUCCUUCCAGCUGGUAGGGCUGCUGGCGUGGACCAUGAACUUCGUGGUCAAUAUUUUCCGUACGGUACAACGACUUGGCGGAGGCGAGGAUGAAAGCUCUCACGAUCACAUGUAG